GAGGAGGAAAGCUGUGCCCUUUAGGAUCCACCUCCAGACUCAGAGUCAAGUGACAGUUUCUGUUCACUAGCCCCACUGCGUAAGAGAAAUGCUUGGGCUUAGAUGACCCUUCCCUCUUAAUGAUCCAGGUAAAAGCAGGUGGUCUUUCUAGUGGGGGAAGAGGAGUUGAAUUUCCAGAACUAACUCAGCAGUGCACUUCACGUGCAUAUAUAAUGUCUUAGUUUUUUCCUUUGUCAACCUGAAAGACCCAGGGCCAGGUAUCCUUCCUUCCGGACUCUGGGCUCCGUGGGACAGGAAGAAAAGUUCUUAGAGGCCAGGGGAGGUGGCCCUGUGCGUUUUUUUAGGUUGUCAAAAGGACUGUACUCCAUUUCCCGGCGGGCAUCGCGGCAUCGUUCACUUUGCCUCUUAGUGCGCGCCGGUGUAGGUGAUAUCCUGGCGCCUGUAGUCCCCCCCCACCAUCUAGAAUUGGUAGAUUCCACUUGCUGACUAGCAGACCUGCCAGCCUAGGCGGCUGGGCACUUCCAAACAGCUUGAGGGGGGAGUGAGGCUUGAGGUUUGGAGAGACGGUCAGAAAGUCCCAGAGGCAUUUCAUCCGGAGAGGUACUUUCAGAUUAAUUACCAUUUGGUCGAAACGGGCUCUACGCCCAUGUCGAAUUAAAAUUUGUUUGCCAACCUAAACAAAAGGUGUUGCCUUGAGUCCUCCCCUUGGCACCUCCCAGCACUGGGCUGGCCCAGAGCGCCCCAUCCCGUUCCCACUCCCACUCCGAGAGGUGUGUGCGUCGCCGCCUUCCCGAAAUUGGCUCCACCUUCCGGCGCUCGGCUUGGUGCAGCCCUAGCCCCCGGGCGGCGAAUGGUAGGACCCUGGCCCCGGCCAGCCCCUCCGGAACCCUGUCCGAGAGGAGGAGCUGAGCUCAGUUCUAUAAGAUGCCCCACUUCUGCAGUAUACCCGUGUCUUGGGCUGUUUGGGGUUAUUAAAAGAGUGGUGAACCCCAGAAAUGACUGAGUGUGGCAUGCUCAGGAACUUGGUGGUGAGGAGCUAUUUCUGUUCAAAGCCACAAGUGAGAUAAAGAACAAAGGAACGACAGAUGGGAGUGAAGAUAACCUGAUUCUUAGCAGAUAAUAUCAGAAUUCCACUGGGAAACGUAGACUCCUUGUGCUGUGCCCUGAAGUGUUUCUGAGAUGAACUGAUGAAUUGGAGCCAUGGUACAAAAGAAGAAGUUCUGCCCUCGGUUACUUGACUAUCUAGUGAUCGUAGGGGCCAGGCACCCAAGCAGUGAUAGUGUGGCCCAGACUCCUGAACUGCUACGGAGAUACCCAUUAGAGGAUCACCCUGAGUUUCCCCUGCCCCCAGAUGUAGUGUUCUUCUGCCAGCCAGAGGGCUGUCUGAGUGUGCGGCAGCGGCGCAUGAGCCUUCGAGAUGAUACCUCUUUCGUCUUCACCCUCACUGACAAGGACACUGGAGUCACCCGUUACGGCAUCUGUGUUAACUUCUACCGUUCCUUCCAAAAGCGAAUGCCUAAGGAAAAGGGAGAAGGUGGAACAGGAUCCCAUGGGAAAGAAGGAACUCAUGCCACCUGUGCCUCAGAAGAGGCUGGCACUGAGAGCUCAGAGAGUGGCUCAACCCUGCAGCCUCCCAGUGCCGACUCCACCCCUGAUGUGAACCAGUCUCCUCGAGGCAAACACUGGGCAAAGGGGGGCAGCCGUUCUCGCAACAGUACUCUGACAUCUCUGUGCGUGCUAAGCCACUAUCCUUUCUUCUCCACCUUCCGGGAGUGUCUGUAUACUCUCAAACGUUUGGUAGACUGCUGUAGUGAACGGCUGCUAGGCAAGAAACUGGGCAUCCCUCGAGGUGUGCAAAGGGACACCAUGUGGCGAAUCUUCACUGGAUCACUGCUGGUGGAGGAGAAGUCAAGUGCCCUUCUGCAUGACCUUCGAGAGAUUGAGGCCUGGAUCUAUCGAUUGCUACGCUCUCCAGUACCUGUCUCUGGGCAAAAGCGAGUGGACAUUGAGGUCCUGCCCCAGGAACUCCAGCCAGCUCUGACCUUUGCUCUUCCAGACCCUUCUCGAUUCACCCUAGUGGAUUUCCCACUUCACCUUCCCUUGGAACUUCUGGGUGUGGAUGCUUGUCUUCAGGUGCUAACUUGCAUCCUGUUGGAACACAAGGUGGUGCUACAGUCUCGAGACUACAAUGCACUCUCCAUGUCUGUGAUGGCAUUUGUGGCAAUGAUCUACCCCUUGGAAUACAUGUUUCCUGUCAUUCCACUGCUUCCCACCUGUAUGGCAUCAGCAGAGCAGCUGCUUUUGGCUCCAACGCCAUACAUCAUUGGGGUUCCUGCCAGCUUCUUCCUCUACAAACUAGACUUCAAAAUGCCUGAUGAUGUGUGGCUAGUGGAUCUAGACAGCAAUAGGGUGAUUGCCCCCACCAACGCAGAAGUGCUCCCCAUCCUGCCAGAACCAGAAUCGUUAGAGCUGAAGAAACACUUAAAGCAGGCCCUAGCUAGCAUGAGUCUCAACACCCAGCCUAUUCUCAAUCUGGAGAAAUUCCACGAGGGCCAGGAAAUCCCACUUCUCUUGGGUAGGCCUUCUAGUGAUCUUCAGUCGACGCCUUCCACUGAAUUCAACCCACUCAUUUAUGGCAAUGAUGUGGAUUCGGUUGAUGUUGCAACCAGAGUGGCCAUGGUACGUUUCUUCAACUCUGCUAACAUGCUGCAGGGCUUUCAGAUGCAUACACGUACCCUGCGACUCUUCCCUCGGCCUGUAGUAGCUUUCCAAGCUGGCUCCUUUCUGGCCUCACGUCCCAGGCAGACUCCUUUUGCAGAGAAACUGGCCAGGACUCAAGCUGUGGAGUACUUUGGAGAAUGGAUCCUUAACCCUUCCAACUAUGCCUUCCAACGAAUUCACAACAAUAUGUUUGAUCCAGCCCUGAUAGGUGACAAGCCGAAGUGGUAUGCUCAUCAGCUGCAGCCCAUCCAUUAUCGUGUCUAUGACAGCAAUUCUCAGCUGGCUGAGGCGCUGAGUGUGCCACCAGAACGUGACUCUGAUUCGGACCCCACUGAUGACAGUGGCAGUGAUAGUAUGGAAUAUGAUGACUCAAGCUCUUCCUACUCCUCCCUUGGUGACUUUGUCAGUGAAAUGAUGAAGUGUGACAUCAAUGGUGACACUCCCAAUGUAGACCCUCUGACACAUGCGGCACUGGGAGAUGCCAGCGAAGUGGAGAUCGAUGAGCUGCAGAACCAGAAGGAAGCAGAGGAGCCUGGCCCAGACAGUGAGAACUCUCAGGAAAACCCUCCACUGCGCUCUAGCUCUAGCACCACUGCAAGCAGCAGCCCCAGCACUAUUAUCCAUGGUGCCAAUUCUGAACCUGCUGAUUCUACAGAGAUGGAUGAUAAAGCAGCCACUGGUGCCUCCCAGCCCCUCCCUCCUGUGCCUUCCAGCAUCGGUAAAUCUACUGUGGACAGAAGACAGACAGAGAUUGGAGAGGGGUCAGUGCGCCAGCAAACCUAUGACAAUCCAUACUUCGAGCCCCAAUAUGGCUUUCCCCCUGAGGAAGAUGAGGAGGAGGAGGGGGAAAGCUACACUCCCCGAUUCAACCAACAUGUCAAUGGCAAUCGGGCUCAAAAGCUGCUGCGGCCCAACAGCUUGAAACUGGCAAGUGACUCAGAUGCAGAGUCAGACUCUCGAGCAAGCUCUCCCAACUCCACUGUCUCCAACAACAGCACCGAGGGCUUCGGGGGCAUCAUGUCCUUUGCUAGCAGCUUAUAUCGGAACCACAGUACAAGCUUCAGUCUUUCCAACCUCACCCUGCCCACCAAAGGUGCCCGAGAGAAGACUACACCAUUCCCCAGCCUGAAAGUAUUUGGGCUAAAUACUCUAAUGGAGAUUGUUACUGAAGCCGGCCCCGGGAGUGGUGAAGGAAACAGGAGGGCCUUAGUGGACCAGAAGUCAUCUGUGAUUAAACACAGCCCGACAGUGAAAAGAGAACCUCCAUCACCCCAGGGCCGGUCCAGCAAUUCUAGUGAGAACCAGCAGUUCCUGAAAGAGGUGGUACACAGUGUGCUGGAUGGCCAGGGAGUGGGCUGGCUCAACAUGAAAAAGGUACGCCGACUAUUGGAGAGCGAGCAACUGCGAGUCUUUGUCAUAAGCAAGCUGAACCGCGUGGUGCAGUCAGAGGAUGAGGCCCGGCAGGAUGUCAUCCCAGACGUGGAGAUCAGUCGAAAAGUAUACAAAGGAAUGCUAGACCUCCUCAAGUGCACAGUCCUCAGCCUGGAGCAGUCCUAUGCCCAUGCAGGUCUGGGUGGCAUGGCCAGCAUCUUUGGGCUUCUGGAGAUUGCCCAGACACACUACUACAGUAAAGAACCAGACAAGCGGAAGAGAAGUCCAACAGAGAAUGUAAAUACCCCAGUUGGCAAGGAUCCUGGUCUGGCUGGGCGAGGGGACCCAAAGGCUAUGGCACAGCUAAGAGUCCCUCAGCUGGGUCCUCGGGCACCAAGUGCUACAGGAAAGGGUCCUAAGGAGCUGGACACCAGAAGUUUAAAGGAAGAAAAUUUUAUAGCAUCUGUUGAAUUGUGGAACAAGCACCAGGAAGUGAAAAAGCAAAAAGCUUUGGAAAAACAGAGGCCAGAAGUAAUCAAGCCUGCCUUUGACCUUGGUGAGACAGAGGAGAAAAAGUCCCAGAUCAGCGCAGACAGUGGUGUGAGCCUGACUUCGGCUUCCCAGAGAACUGAUCAAGACUCUGUCAUCAGUGUGAGUCCAGCUGUUAUGAUCCGAAGUUCAAGUCAGGAUUCUGAAGUUAGCACCGUGGUAAGUAAUAGUUCUGGAGAGACCCUUGGAGCAGACAGCGAUCUGAGCAGCAAUGCCGGUGAUGGGCCAGGAGGCGAAGGCAGUGCCCACUUGGCAGGGUCUCGGGGCACUUUGUCCGAUAGUGAAAUUGAGACCAACUCUGCUACAAGCACCAUUUUUGGUAAAGCCCACAGCUUGAAGCCAAAAGAGAAGCUGGCAGGUAGUCCAGUUCGCUCUUCCGAAGAUGUAAGCCAGCGAGUCUAUCUCUAUGAGGGACUACUAGGAAGGGACAAAGGAUCGAUGUGGGACCAGUUAGAGGACGCUGCUAUGGAGACCUUUUCUAUAAGCAAAGAACGUUCCACUUUAUGGGACCAAAUGCAGUUCUGGGAAGAUGCAUUCUUAGAUGCUGUGAUGUUAGAAAGAGAAGGCAUGGGUAUGGACCAAGGUCCCCAGGAAAUGAUUGACAGGUACUUGUCCCUGGGAGAGCGUGACCGGAAGCGCCUGGAGGAUGAUGAAGAUCGUUUACUAGCCACACUUUUGCACAACCUCAUAUCCUACAUGCUGCUGAUGAAGGUGAAUAAGAAUGACAUCAGAAAGAAGGUACGGCGCCUAAUGGGAAAGUCCCAUAUUGGGCUUGUCUACAGCCAACAAAUCAAUGAGGUGCUUGAUCAGCUGACCAACCUGAAUGGACGUGAUCUCUCCAUCCGGUCCAGUGGUAGCCGACACAUGAAGAAGCAGACGUUUGUGGUACAUGCAGGGACAGACACAAAUGGAGAUAUCUUUUUCAUGGAGGUGUGUGAUGACUGUGUGGUGUUACGUAGUAACAUCGGGACAGUGUAUGAGCGCUGGUGGUAUGAGAAGCUCAUCAAUAUGACCUACUGUCCCAAGACCAAGGUCCUGUGCUUAUGGCGUCGAAAUGGUUCUGAGACCCAGCUCAACAAGUUCUAUACUAAGAAGUGUCGGGAGCUCUACUACUGUGUGAAGGAUAGCAUGGAGCGUGCUGCCGCCCGACAACAAAGCAUCAAACCCGGGCCUGAACUAGGUGGUGAGUUCCCUGUGCAGGACAUGAAGACUGGAGAGGGUGGUUUGCUUCAAGUCACCCUGGAAGGAAUCAAUCUCAAGUUCAUGCACAACCAGGAGCGGAAGGUUUUCAUAGAGCUGAAUCACAUUAAAAAGUGCAAUACAGUUCGAGGCGUCUUUGUCCUGGAAGAAUUUGUUCCUGAAAUUAAAGAAGUGGUGAGCCACAAGUACAAGACACCAAUGGCCCACGAGAUCUGCUACUCUGUGUUGUGUCUCUUCUCCUAUGUGGCUGCAGUUCGUAGCAGUGAAGAAGAUCUCAGAACCCCACCUCGGCCGGUCUCUAGCUGAUGGGGUGGGGCCUGACACAGCUGGCCCAGCUCAGGGGCUGCCCCUCACUUCUUGCUGCUCCCAAGCGCCGAAGCCGCUGUGACUGAGAAGGGGAUAAUGCGUGUACGCUCUCUGCAAGCUCCUUGCCACAGCUUAGCUGGUUCCAUUUUAUGUUUGAGCGCAUCUUUGUAUAUGUUUGUCACAGGGCUAAGCUUGUCCUUUGCACCUUCUCCUUCUCUCCCAGACCAGCCUAUUGUCCCCUCAGGGUUCCAGAGAGUGUGUGUGCCUGUGGGGCCAGUAUGAGCCCACCGCUGCGUGUCCUUGAGAUGUAUGCACUGUGGUUCCAUGUCUUUGUCCUCAUACCCUCUAGUGUAGGAGUCUUCUCUCCGUCCUCUAUGAUCUGGCACUAUAGGAUACCAGAGACAGUUCCACUCUGGGAAGUAAGAGGCACUUGAGGCUAAUCUUCUUGGAUGUGGGGUGGGCAAGAGAAAGAAGGGACGAUUUGGGGGGCAGCUGGGCAAAAUUUCUGCUUCCUUAUGCAAUUCCUAAGCUCUGGCCACCGGUCAUGCUGUGACCUGCUACCACUCUAUCACUGAGGUGAGUGGCCCAGAGGGGCUGCCAUAUGCUGAGCUGUGAUUUUUUUGUAGUGGUCCUCCUGGCCUUUAGCAUGAGAGGACAGAGGAGUUGGGGUGAUAGCGUUCCAGGGACCAUUGGACACUCUGCCCAAGAGCCAGGGAGAGGUGGGUCAGGGCCAAGUUCAGUUCAGUGUACAUACCCAUCUGUACACAGUGUCUUGUGGCAUGGUGCCAGAAGAGAGAUGGACUUGGAGGAGAUGAAUGUAAAUACUUCAGCUCCACAUUAUUUAUAGAAAAUGUACAGCUGUGUGAUGUGAAUAAAUGUCCUUAACUCUCCUUAGGCUCCUUGACUGCCUUGCAUUAAAUGACACUUCCUCUCA